AUUCCUCUCUCUGUCCUUUCAUAUCUCUCCUCUCCUCUUGCAACUUCUCCCCACAGGAUAAAAUAAAAUGAAAUUUAAAAGCGAAAAAAAGAAAGCAAAAUCACAUCAUGAAAAGUGUAGUGUGUCCAAGUGAGUCACACAGUAUCUUUAGUCCAUAUAUCUUUACGUGCAAGUGUUCAUUGCAAUGAAUCAUUGGUGUGGGCCCUCACUGGGAGUCCUCUUGGAUAUCCUGUUUUCCUGUGUCAUGGAAAUACUCCAGGUUUGGGUGCAGAGGACCAGCCCCUUCACAUGUUCCAGCAGAUCAUAGAUGAGGUGGAUGACGGAUGGGUCAACUCAUAGACCUAGUUUUGGGCCUGGGUGGUUGCUGGGUUGGUGACCCUACCAACUCUCCCUCACCCUCACUACCAGAGUGUGCUCUACAGAACCACCCUCAGCUAGCUCACCUUGUAUAGUAAAAAACAAGUGGCAGAGCCAAUUCUCCUACUCCCAUGUCCUCUUUGCUAGCUUUACCUACACCUACACUAUCAGGGCCAGAUAUACUAUGCUGCCCAGGCAAGGUGCAGGGAUCACUCUCCUGAGGUACUGCAGCUGGUGAGACACAGGGCCAGAUCUCUUGCUCUUGUGAUCUCAAGGCCAGCUCUCCCACUUGCCACAAGUAUCAAGGGUGGGCCUUCUCUCCAUCCUCUUCACCACCCUUUGCCAGAUGAAGGACAGGGGCAGAUCUCCCUUGCUCGUGCUUGUUGGCCCAGCUUACUACAGUCUUAUGUUGUUGUUUGUUCUCUUAAUCUUUUUAGGAGCCCACCACCCAGCUCACAAAUAAAUCACACACAGAGGCUUUUUCUUAAUUAUAAAUGCCAAGCCCUAACUUGACAUGUUUCUAGCCAGCUUUUCUUAAUUUAAAAUUAUCCUGACUCUCUUUUGCCUCUGAGCUUCUCCUCUUCUAUUCCCUGUAUAUUUCACAGAUUCACAGAGUUAAACAAAUGCAUCAUGAACAAGAGUAACACACCUUAAAAUAAUAUUCUGUAACAUUUCCUCCCUUUUGUCUAAACAAGAAAGGCUUUAACUUUAACAUUGUAAAACUAUACACAACAAAAACAGUUAUCAAGUAAGAAUUUACAAGAUUCAGUCAAUUUGCAAAACUCUAGUUAUUUAGCCUUUAAUAAUAUUGCCUAACAACAGAAACAUUUAGCUGCCUGGACAGUCACGCACAGUUCUUCUGCAAUGUUGGGGCAUCCAUCUUCAGCCUACAGGCCUAGAGUAUCUGGAAGGCUUUUCAGUGAAGCGGGAAAUUUGAGGGACUGUCCUGCCUUGUUUUGGCAAAGUUCAUCAGUCGCUUUUCUCUGUGUCCUGCAGAAUAUCUGACAGACUCUUCUGUGAAACAGGAAUUUUGGAGGACUGUUCUGCCUCAUUUUGGCAAACUUCAGCGGUCACCGUGUGUCCUGCAUGUCCAGUGCUGUGGGAUGUCCUGUAUGUUGUGAAUAUAUGUUGCUAUGAUUGAUUGAUAAACAAAACAAUGAUUGGCCAGUAGCCAGGCAGGAAGUAUAGGAUAGGCGGGACAAACAGACAAGAGAGGCUGGGAGGUGGAAGCUGGGGGAGACGCCAGCCUGCCGUCCAGGGAGCAUCAUGUAAAGGCACGGAACACGUGGCGACAUAUAGAUGAACAGAGAUGGGCUGAGUUAAGUGUGAGAGCUAGUCAGUGGUAGGCCUGAGCUAAUGGCCCAGCAGUUUAAUUAAUAUAAGUUUCUGAGUGAUUAUUUUAUAAGUGGUUGCAGGGCCCAUGGUGCUGGGCAGGACUGGAGAAAACUCCAGCUACAGUCCAGUCUGCACAGCACACUGUCAGCAGUCAAAGGCAAGAGCAGAUUAUUUGCCCAGUGGCUAACCUUGCCAGAGUGAAAGCAAACUCCAUAAGGAGUGUCUUUGAUGCCCAUCAUCUCUGAAGGAAAUUGGUGCUGCCAGGAGCAGAUGUGUCUCAUUGUCAUGAAACACCUUAAGUUAACAAAACAUUUUAAAUGCCAUAUUCCAUAGGUCUUUGAAGUGUUUGAAGACCACUUCUUCUAAAAUAUACCUAUUUAACCUUGAAAACAUAACUAAUGUGACUACAAGUUUGAUCAUUAUAGAUUAACCACCAACCUCAUUUCUUAUUCAUACACUGCAUUUUAAAUGAGCUGCAUAAAUAAGCACAAUACCCCAACUUUUCUUUGUUUCUUACUCCAUAGCUGGUUGUGUGGCUGGGUGACUGGCCCCUGGAUCCUCCUCCUUCUCUGGUGACUUCCUCUUUUCUUCUAGAUCUCUCAUUCUAGUUAUUCUGUCUGCCUGCCAGCCCUGCCUAUCCUUUCUCCUGCCUCGCCAUUGGCCGUUCAGCUCUUUAUUAGACCAUCAAGUGUUUUAGACAGGCACAGUAACAGCUUCACAGAGUUAAACAAAUGAAACACAAACAUGAGGUAGCUGUGGCUUGUUCUGCUUCUCUGAUCUUCCAGCAUUCACCACAAUAACUGGCCUUAGGUUUGAGUUAAUUAAUAAGACCUUGUAAGAUUCCUGCUACAUCUGGCGCCCAACGUUCGUGGUACAAAUUCACAAAAAAGCCGCUUGCCUGUGGCCUUGUGGGCCCCAGCUCAGGCCCGAGCUACCCUCGGCUGGUUGUGGUGGCACACUGGUUGGAUUUAUUGAAGGAGCCAGAGGCAGGAGGAUCCCGAGUUUGAGGCCAGCCUGGGAGGCUUGCUAAGGAGAAGCUGUGGCCUGGCCCAAACCAAAAACAGUGGAGGCAGGACCACCGAGGUGGUGGCUUCUGCUCUGAGCUACAAGCUGCUUCUCAUCAUGUUGGUGACUGCGGUGAUGCUGCUACCUGGGACGAAGGGUUUACUGCUGCUUGUUCCGAGAAGAAUUGCCAGGACCAUCGUGUUACAAGAAAGCAUCGGCAAAGGUCAGUUUGGAAACGUUUGGCGAGACAAAUGGUGGGGAGAAAUUGCUGUGAAGAUUUUCUCUUCUAGGGAAGAACAUUCAUGGUUCCGAGAGACAGAUAUUUAUCAGACUGUGAUUGCUCCAAACCACAGAGAAGGCACGAAAAAUAAAAAUAAAAAAUAAAAAUCUACAGGAACCAUGACCACGCUUAACAGCAACUUUGAAUUCUUCAAAAAGAUGACAGGAGCCCACAAUGACGAUUCCACAUGGACUAUGAUAAAGGCAUUAAGCUGAUUAACACCACCAAAAGAUUGACUUUGGACUACAAACUGCUCAGAACAUUUUCAAGAUGGCUAGCUGAGAUGAUCCAGAUUCAUAGACAACUCGAGCAAGGACUUGAGACAAGCCCUGCACUUUCCCAUUAUGCAGAGAUUGGACAAAUGAUACAACUAACUUUAUCAGGACUUGACAAUUAGCCCCAAAAUUUUCUCUUUAGGAUUCCCUAAAGAUGUCUUCACCCCCAGAAAGCAGGAAGUAAUUUCAAGAACACAACACCCACAUUCCCAAGAAGUGGGGUGGGUGUUUUUUGGUUGUUUAGUAAGUUAGGGAUAUUGUCAUUGUUUAUGACGGUUGGUUACAAGUUGUUAAUUGUUAUUGGCCAGGAAGAAAGCUGAACAAGGAGAUUAGAUCCAGAGUUUUCGUUUAAAAAAGAAAAAGAAAAAGAAAAAAGAGAAUAUAGAUAUGAGGUAGAUUAUUGAAUCUACUCUGAGAAAAAAGAUAAAGAAAUCAUAGGAUAAAUGGGUAGAUCAUUGAAUCUACUCUAAAAAGAAAAAGGGGAAGAUAUGUAAAUGACAAAAGGUAGACUAUUGAAUCUAUUAUGAAAAGAAAAAAGAGAAUAUGGAUAUGAUAAGAUAAAAAGGUCAAUUAUUAAAUCUACUUUUAAAAAGGAACUACUUGUUUUAAAUAGGAUAAGUAAUGAAUUUUUUGUCUGAGUUUAUCAAAUGCAAAUGGACUGGACGUUGUUAUAUAUUAAUGGAGUUAUUCGUCUGAAUCUUUCAAAUGUUAAUGGACUAGACAUCGUUAAUGUAAUUCUUGACUGUAUAUAUUGUAUAUACUUAUUGGAUAUAGUUUUUUUCUUGCAUUAGUUAUAAGCUUUUUUAAAUUUUAGACAGAAAAAGGGGGGGGGGGAAUGUGGUGGUAUUGUGUUCUCCAAAAUAUUGUGUGACCCUAAUAAGCUUAUCUGGGGUCAGAGAACAGGACAGCCACUAGAUACAGAGGCUAGAAAAUGGUGGCACUCACACCUUUAAUCCUAGCCUUCUGGAGGCAUGGAUCUCUGUGAGUUCAAGGCCACACUGGAAAUAGCCAGGCAUGGUGACUCGCGCCUUUAAUCCCAGGAAGUGAUGGCAGAAAGCAGAAAGAUAUAUAAGGUGUGGAGACCAGAAACUAGAAGCAUUUGGCUGGUUAAGCUUUAGGCUUUUGAGCAGCAGUUCGGCUGAGAUUCAUUUGGAUGAGGACUCAGAGCCUUCCAGUCUGAGGAAACGGGAUCAGCUGAGGAACUGGCAAGGUGAGGUGGCUGUGGCUUGUUCUGCUUCUCUGAUCUUCCAGCAUUCACCCCAAUACCUGGCCCUGGGUUGGUUUUAUUAACAAGACUCUUUAAGAUUCAUGCUACACAAACAAGAGUAACACAGCUUAAAAUAAUAUUCUCCAAAGACUUGUUAGCAUACAGUGGACUAUUAUUCGGGUGUGGAAAGGAAUGGAGGAGCACUGGUUCAAGCCGCUACAUAGGCGAGGUGAGACACAAGGAACUGUGUACUGUGGGUGAAACAUCAUGAAUCCAGGAUGCUAAGUGAAACGGACAGACACAGGUACACUCAAGAGGACGGUUUGCCGAAUGAUUCCACCUACAAGAGCUGUCCAACUCGGAGAUGAGCUGACGUGGCAGAAAGCAGAGUAGCGGCUAAGGGGCCCCGGGGACCAGGAAAGCCUGCAGCUCUGGAUUUGCUCGGGAUGCUUGGAGCUCUGAGUUUAAGUCUCCGGAAGGAAAAAGGGAAAACCCCUCAGGUUUACAGUGGUGACUGGGAUCCUGGGUGGGGCGUGGGGUGGGUGGUGGGUGGUGGUGGGGAAGGUAGGGACAAAGAGCUCACGCUUAAUGGGUAGACACGGUGAAAGUACCUUAGAAGCCGAGGGUUGUGAAGGGCUUGGUUCUCAAUGGCACCACUGAGUUGCUCCCCCUCACGUCUUUGUCUUUCCUAGAAGGCUCCUUGAGCAGCCCAAGGUGUCCAGGUGGCGACAGCGCCCCUAGCGAGGGCGGGCUGGGAGCCAUCACACACCACACGUCAUCAGUGGGAGCUGGAGUGGGAGCACAGAAGAGAGGAUUUCGACCGUGAGGGGUCGCUAGGAUACGCAGCCAGACGCAGAGGGGCCCUUGGGAUCAGCCUGGAGGCCCAGAGCCCAGCAGGCCAGCAGAGAGCCGCCAGGUGGAGCAGAACCAGCCUGUGAGGUCGCACUCCGAGGCCAGCAUGCCCAGGACCAGACAGGGCAGCCGUCGAGGGUCGUCGUCGUCUCGCCGCUCCCGCACCUCCAGAGCCGAGCUGACCUUCUCUGUGAGCCUGGUGGAACACCGUCUUCGGGAGGGCGGCCAUGCCCGGCGGCUGAGCGAAACGGUGCCCAUCUUGCUGACUGCCAUCCUGGAGUUCCUGACCCGCAGGCUGCUGGAGCUGGCAGGCAAUGAGGCCCAACGCCGAGGCGCACAGAGGCUCAUCACCCCGGAGCUGCUGGACGUGACUGUCUACAAUAACACGCUGCUCAGCGAACUGUUCCAAUUCGCCACCAUCUCCCAGGUGGCCCCGGCUGGUCGCCCCCGUCGUGGGCGUCGACGUCAACGCUAGCUACUACCUGCUGCUGCUGGUGCUGCUGCUGGCUGGCUCUGGGUUGCUGACCUGCCCAUCCGCCCCAAUCUACCCACCGAGCAUCAGUUCAUCCCGCCCAAACUUUGCCACAGACAGCCCUGCGAGGCUGGUCAGCCUCGUCCCUUCCUUCUCCCUGUUGUGCUCUUAUUAAAGCUUUAGUUCGAGAACCCCA